AUGAUUGAUUGCUUUUCAGAUAACACCUUCCAGUCCAUUUUCUGUUGCUGCUGCUGCUGCUCAGUACAGAAACGACAAGUGAGAACACAAAUAAGCCUGAGCAAAGAUGAAGAAACUUCAGAAAAAUAUACCCAGCAUCGCAGGCCAUGGUUCAGUGAACUGUCAAGUAAGAAGCAAUCCAGCAGGGGCCUUGCACAGCCAUUGAAGCACAAGCCCCUACCGCCCCUGCCGGCCUCUGUGCUCAUGGAGGAGAGGAUCCAGGUCAAGGCACUGUAUGACUUUCAGCCCCGGGAACCCUGUGAUUUAGCGCUGAAGAGAGCAGAGGAGUACCUGGUACUGGAGAAGUACGAUCCUCACUGGUGGAAGGCGAGAGACCGUUUGGGGAAUGAAGGCUUAAUCCCAAGCAAUUAUGUGACUGAAAACAAACUCACCAAUUUAGAAAUAUAUGAGUGGUACCAUAGAAACAUUACCAGGAAUCAAGCAGAAUGUCUAUUAAGACAAGAGGCUAAAGAAGGUGCGUUUAUUGUCAGAGAUUCAAGACAUUUGGGAUCCUACACAAUUUCUGUGUUUAUAAGAGCUAGGAGAAGUACAGAGGCUACAAUAAAACAUUAUCAGAUUAAAAAUAAUGACUUAGGACAGUGGUACGUGGCUGAAAGACACCUCUUCCCAACAGUGCCUGAGUUGGUUUGGUACCACCAACACAAUGCAGCUGGUCUCAUGACCCGUCUUCGUUACCCGAUUGGGCUGAUGGGCAGUUGUUUACCAGCCACAGCUGGCUUUAGCUACGAAAAGUGGGAGAUAAAUCCAUCUGAGUUGGCUUUUGUCCAGGAGAUUGGGAGCGGCCAGUUCGGGGUGGUCCAUUUGGGUGAAUGGCGAGCUCAUAUCAAGGUUGCGAUCAAGGCCAUCAAUGAAGGCUCCAUGUCUGAGGAAGACUUCAUUGAAGAAGCGAAAGUGAUGAUGAAACUGUCACAUUCAAGGCUAGUUCAGCUUUAUGGGGUGUGUAUACAGCAGAAACCCCUUUAUAUUGUGACAGAGUUCAUGGAGAAUGGCUGCCUGCUCACCUAUCUCAGGGAGAGAAAAGGAAAGCUUAGAAAGGAGGUGCUACUGAGUGUGUGCCAGGAUAUAUGUGAAGGAAUGGAAUAUCUGGAGAGGAACUGCUAUAUUCAUAGAGAUUUAGCAGCAAGAAACUGUUUGGUUAGUUCUACAUGUAUAGUAAAAAUUUCAGACUUUGGAAUGACAAGGUAUGUCUUGGAUGAUGAAUAUAUCAGUUCUUCUGGAGCCAAGUUCCCAAUCAAAUGGUCCCCUCCUGAAGUUUUUCAUUUCAACAAAUACAGCAGUAAAUCUGAUGUCUGGUCAUUUGGAGUUUUAAUGUGGGAGGUUUUUACAGAAGGAAAAAUGCCUUUUGAAAACAAGUCAAAUUUGCAAGUCGUGGAAGCCAUUUCUAAAGGUUUCCGGCUGUAUCGCCCUCUCUUGGCACCCAUGUGCGUCUAUGAAGCUAUGUACAGCUGCUGGCAUGAAAGCCCUCAAGGCCGCCCAACGUUCAACAAGCUGCUGGGGGCUCUCACAGAGAUUGCAGAAACCUGGUAACCUGGAGUGGGAUGCCAACCCCAAGGACCAGCUUGCAGAACUGUCAUGGGCGGAAAUCAUGGGUGGGGGCACUGAUGGGAAAUAUCCUCUUUUAGAGUUGCUAUGCUUGGAAACAGUGCAAAGAUCACAAGCUUUUCAGACUGUUUAAAUUUGAAAAUAUUCUGGCAAUAGUUUUUCUGCACAUGUGAGAGGAACUUCUAAACUUGUAUCUUUCUGUAGUAUCUUUUAAGUCCCAUCUGUGAAGAAGAGAAAAGGGGUACAAGGUAGCCUUCAUGGGAAGGGUGGGUUUCCUACCAGCCCUGAGAGCCCUUGAGGGCACAGGAAAGCCCAUCUCUUCACAAGGCUAAGGGGAGUUCUGUCCUGCAGAAGAGUGGAACAUGCACAGGAGACAAAGGAGAUUUGCCCAGCUCAUGGAGUAAAGGAGCUCCCCUAGCAGAAUUUCAUGCUUUGAGGCUGUACAGAGCUUUGUAGGAAACUCACCUUUAGGGGCCACAAGAAUGUGAACAUUCUGGGAUUGUCUUCUGUAAAUCUGCACAUAUGUUAUUUAAUAAACUGUUUUUUCACCUAUCAGACUAUAUCGGCCAAGUCCAGGAUUUUGAAUUCAAGAUGAAACAAUGAUAAAUCACAGGCAUCUACUAUCACUAGAGAGGUUCAGAGUAUAGAACAAAGAGUGAGACCCAGAGAGAAAUUAUUCUUAGAAGUCAUGUGACACAGCUGGCACUUCUAAAAGCAUGUGUUGGUGAUGGGAGAGAAGCACAAUGCCUUUUGUUUUAAGGAAAGUUUGAGACAGCAAAAUUAAGAAUUAGUAUAACUGCAUUUUAUUAAAAAAAACACCAUAUUUUCUUUAUCCAGUCUCCAGUUGAUGGGCAAUUGGGCUGUUUCCAAGUUUUAGCUAUUACAAAUUGUGCUGCUAUGAACAUGGGCG